AUGAGGAAGACUUCUAUGUUCCAUCAAGUGAGAAACCAUCAUUCCCCAUGCUCACCUAUCGCACACUUCAGCAUGCAGUCAAGACUCAACGCCGCCACCAAGAACGCCAUGUUCUCACUACUGGCAUGGCGCGACCAAGCUCUAGACCGUGUUAACAAGCUGGAGAAGAUAGUGGAAUGCCAAUCUCGCUUCAUCUCACGCCUAGUUCGUGUAGUUCGCCACAUUGCACCGGAGAGACUCUUUCGCCCUUCUCACCGCUACAGAACCAUAUGA